AUGCCGCCGGGACGUCCCGGGGAGAGGGCGCCGGGGUCCCGGGGGUCGCCGGCCGGGUCCUGGGUGCUGUGGUGGGCGUUAGCGGCAGCUGCGGCGGGGUCGCCCCCUUUCCCCCCGCAACCGACGCGCAAAGCCUACAGCUUCGGGAGAAGCUUCCUGGGUUUGGACAAAUGCAACGCCUGUGUGGGGACCUCAAUCUGCAAGAAGUUCUUCAAGGAGGAGAUCAGGUUUGAGAGAUGGCUGUCCUCCCAGCUCAUGCUGCCUCCUGCACAUAAGAGCUGGUACCUGGCCAACUACACGGACGACUCGGAGACCUGGCGGCCCGUGGUCCUGUCUCGGCUCGCCUCCCAGGCGCUGCACACGCUGUCCGACCGCUCCAUCUGCAGCUCGGCGGGCCGCCCCCGCUCCUGCAGCAUCGAGGCCGUGCUGAGGGCCACGCCCCGCUUCCAGGACUGGGCCCGCUCCCACCUGCUGCUGCCCCGCAUGGUCCAGGGCCUGGCCGCGCCCAUGGUGCGCUGCCCCUCGCAGAGGCUGCUGGACCGCCUGGUGCGGCGCUACGCCGAGGUGACGGACGCCGGCAGCGUUCAGAUGAAGCACUUCGCUGAGCGCGACAAGCUGCGGCUGCUCUACACCCUGUCGGUCAACCAGCACCCCCUUCUGCUGCAGAUGUUUCCCGGGACGGAGGGCUGGCCCUUCCCCAGGUACUACGGCUCAUGCGGCAGGGUGAUGGUGUGGGCGAGCACCAGGCCAAUCAGAAGCCUGUACGGGUCGCCGCUAGAGACACGCGCCGACCUGGCCUACCAGCUGCUGCACGUCACCCAGGGCCUGGGCUCCAACAGCCUGCGUUUCCGCCUCUACUACACGCGCGUCACCGAAGACAUGUUCGCCACCUUCGAGGACGGCAAGCUCUUCAUCGUGGACGCCAGCACCAUCGGCAUCAUCGACCAGCUGGAAGGGUUUAAGCCCGAGAGAGGGCAGGAGCAGAGCCGGAAAGACAUCUUCUCCUGCCUGAGCGGGUCCUGUGAUGCGCCCCCGCCCUGCGGCUCGGUGCGGCCCUCCCAGAGCUUCGCCCUGCUGUGCCGGGACCUCCUCCCGAAGCUGCUAACGGCGCGGGACGCGCGGGUCAGCCGGCUGCCCCGGGACGUCGCGCGGCUGCUGGGCGUCUGCGCAGACGGCGCGCAGACGGACGGGAGCGUCCUGGGAGCGGCCCGCGCGCUGAUGGAGCUGCUGAGGCCGCUGCGGCCCUGCAGCGCGCACCUCGCCUACCGCUACCCCGAGUGCAGGUACAGCCAGGAGUUCUGAGAACGGCCACGUCUUAUCAACGAGCUGCUCUUUAUCUUCUGGAUCGGACCGUCCUCGCUUCUUGUGCCAAAAAAAAAAAAAGUCUACGCAGAAAUGGAUUGAUACGAUCAUGCAAUGGAAGCAGUUGCAGCACCAGAGAAAGAACGUUCCAGGUUGCACAAGAGGGAGAGAUGGGAGGGCUCUGGGGCUGAAAAGGCAUUAGAAGCACAGCCACCAUCAUGCAGUCUCUGACUCCUAACACCGCCUCGCUUGUGAUGCCUUUCUGUUAAGGGGCCUGGGAGUUAAAAGCCUCCUACAUCCCGCGUUUGCAGCAUGCCUGCAGUGUGGUAAGUGCUUGAUAGCUGGGCACUGCGGAGAGCAGCAGGGCCCUCAUCUGCAGCGCUCCUGCCCAGCUGUAACUGGCCCUGAUCCGUACAGAGAAUGGCCUUCGACCACUGAAAGCGUACAGGUCAAGCCCCACCGAAAAUAAGCGCAUCGGGAGUGCAGCCGCGCUCUGC